GCGCUCACAAGGCAAAUCUACAAGUACACUGUAUACAGGUGAUAUACAUAUGUGCCACCUAUCAAAUCACGACUAAACAUUGAUCCGUAGUAAACGGACACGCUGGUGCAUUGAUUACACAGUGUGCUCUCUCAUAAAAAAUCAUGUGGUGAUUCAAUAAGAAUCUCAGGUUGGAGAUACCAAGCGCGAGUCGCCAUCUACAGCGGUGACGUGUAUAGAUGCAGAUAUAUUCUAUAUCCAUUUCGUAUUCGAUCUUUGAUAGAAAUAAUAUACCUGCUGAACAAAGAUGUCUAUAGUGAAUCAAAGUCAAGAUAGUCUGCUUGCACAGAUAGCCGCACUCGAGAAUGAGAUGCGCGAGGUUACAAGCCAGCCCACGGGCACUCCGGGCGACAUGGUUCACUCUCUCCUUAGAGGGCAACUACGCCAACUAUACACAGAUGUACUACUACAUAACAUACUGUACGCUAGUACACAUGAUAUUGAGCAGCGUUUAUGGAAGGUGUGUUUUCAUAAGAGCAUUGAUGAAUAUAGACGGUGGUGUGCACGCGUCAAAGACAAUGCAGAGCAGUUACAGGGUGUUCAGCGGGCGUUUGAGUCGUUCUUAGCUAUGGCGUAUGGGUUCUAUUAUCAGUUAGUGGUAUCCCUAAGGAAUAGAUAUGGUGUAGCAAUGCUUGGGGUGAACGACUACGAUCGCGUUGGCAUGGCAACGUACACACCUCGAAGAAAUGAUGCGGUUGAGGCACAUGUGCGUGACGCUGGUAGGCAGGCAGUGCACAGGUGUAUAGUGUUUCUGGGUGAUAUAGCAAGAUACAGAGAGCUUCUAGGCAGCUCGACACGAAAAACAUAUGAUACUGCGCGUUAUUUCUACACCUUUGCCACACGAUUAGAUCCUCUGAGUGGGUCCCCGCAUAAUCAACUGGGUGUGAUUGCAACGUACCUGGGGGAUGAGAUGAGUGCGUUGUAUCACUAUGCACGCAGCUUGAAUUGCAUAUCUCCGUUUCACAAUUCUGGUGAUAAUGUGAAGGCGCUAUUCGAGAACAAUCGGCAGCGCCUGGGCCCUACGCCAUCUGUAUUGGUCCCCGCUUUCACCAAUGCUGAGUCCAGAAGCGGUGCGAACACGGGCAACAGUAUGGGUUCAGGUGGAAAGAGUGGCAACAAUUUAAGGUAUUCUGAGAUGGGCGACAAUCGCACAGACAGUAAUCGACUUUCUGGAUCUAAAAAGGGCCCAAAUAGGCCAAGUGUCAGACCCUUGUCACGCGCAAAGCAGAUCAACGAAUUGUUCGCACGCUUUGUGCAGCUGCACGGUAUGCGGGAGGCGGACGAGUGCGCGUCGCAGGAGUUCAAAGUGGUGGCGAACUUUGUUUUAGAGUCGUUGCGGGGCCUUCUAAAGGGCAAAGGUUUGAGUGAGACGGCUACGUUGCGCAUGAUGAUAGUCAAUGUAACAGCUCUGGACGCUUUAAACGGUGUGUGCGACCCUAACCCGAACCCGGGCGACCUGCAAAUGUUUUCCUUCUGCAUGAAGUUUGUGGUUCGCGUGUUGCUGGUGUGCAUACGCAGUGCCAAGGGCCUCGCAAAGCUGCUCAGUGACAGUACCGCCGAAUCCAAUCGUGACCGCAAACGUGCGCGCAAUCAGAGGCGCCGGGGCGGUGGGAAUAGAGAUGGUGGUAACCGGGACGGUCGUGAGGAUGCCCGUGCGAGUGGCAAGCCUGGUAGUAAUCCGAACAAUACCAAGGAUGGUACAGGUUUAAAUAGCGGGUCGAAAGUGGGAGCGGCUGCUGGAGGGAGUGGGACCACAGGGACCGGGAGUAGUGCUUCGUUCGGAUCGUUGGGGAAGGAUGUUCCGCAUCUGAAGAGUAUCAAGGUGUUCUUGGAUUGGGUGUCUUGCAACGAGUGGGUGCAGGGCUACUUGUACAACAAGAAAACAUUUCGGCCUGGUAUGAACUCGCCUCCCGAGGGUGCUGGCGCGAGUUUGGGCGGGGUAACGUCUGGGGAAUCGCUCAGUGACUUGCCUUGGGCGGGCAGCGAAAACAAUAGCGGUACCAAUUGCGGGAUGGGCCCUGGUAGUGGGCGUGCGAAUGCGAAAGAAGGCGGCAACAGUAGAGAUGCGGAAAGACGCAAUAUGGUAGGUGGAGCCGGAUAUGGUGGGCUUGACCCGUACUCAUCUGAGACACUCCGGAGUGAGGAUGUAGGGAGAUUGCUAGCCGUGCUAUUGACUGUGCUGCCGUGGAGUAUAUCGUCCUUUGAGUGGAAGCGGGUGGCGUCUGUCCCCACUUUCUGGCACCAGGAGCCUAGACGCGCGUUACCCGAGGACGUUGAGUUGGAGGGUUUCAUACCUACUUCGAGAUGUUUGACACACAUUGAUCUGCGGUCCAAGUACGAUGAGAAGGCCGAGAAGCGUGCACGCAUAUACUACCUGGUAGGACUGGGCGUGUGGCUCGCAAGAGUGCCACCAGGCGAUAAGUUUCUCAACUGCACCACAAAGCCUUCGCGUAUCACCUUCAGCGUUGCCAAGGUGACGGGCAGCUGUGUGCAGGGACGGGAUGGUUUGCCCAUGAGUGGGGGCUAUCGGGGGGUUGGUGGAGCUGGCGAGGCAGAAGACAGUUCAGUACUAUCUGCAUGGCUUGACGCUGAUAGUAAUACGUCGAGUGGGGUCAGGGAUAUGGGCCCGCACCAACACAGGACUCGCGAGUACCAGCAACACCGCGAUGGGGAGUAUGGUACUGAGGCGCCUGCGAUGCGAGCACCCCCCGGUCUGGGCAAUCCCGCUGGCAAUAACCUGGGCAUGGACGAACAUGCGUAUGGUAGUGUGCCGUAUGGGCUGCUGAGCGACUAUGAGGACAAUGAUCCCGAUGUGUUAGAUGUGGAAGGAAACGAGGGAGAAGAGGAAGGCGAAGAUGAGCGGUACGAGUUCAAUGAGUACACUGCACCAGACUGGUGGAAAGAACUGGACACCUCAGGAGAUGAAUACGAUGGGAAUGGCCCACAGAAGAACACUGCGCAUGAUGUACCGCAGCAGGGCGGGUAUGCGAACGUGGGGCUGGUGGGACAGGCCGCCUCGAAUCGCAAUGGCGAUAUUAGCAGUGAUGUGAAUGCUUCUGCUAGAGGAAACUAUUCAAAUCCCACUGUAGACGCACAUGGGCACGCGCCGAAUCAGAAGUACUCACAGCCUCAGUCGUACGCACAGUCUAACAUACAGGGAGGAAGUGCCAAGGCUGUGAUCGGCUCUCCGGGGGAAGCAAGUCUACCGGAAGCUCUGCUGAAGAGCUCGUUUUUCGCGAAACCGCCGUCGACAUCGGGUGGCAUGGACCUUCUGAAUACAUCGGCCAGUAUAUGGGCCAGAACCUCUCCGGGACCACAGAUGCAGCCACCUGUUGUGGGAGUGGGCGUGGGUGGGGCAGGCCAAAGCGGCUUGGGAGGGGGGGCUCCAGUGUCGCCUAGUCUCAAGGCGAAUGAGGAAAUUCCCAGGGCGAUGGGUGUGAACCAGCCCAUGGCGGUAAAUACAGCGCCAUGGUCGAGUGGAAAUUCGCGCGUAUCGCCUCACGCUCACGCGCUCACACAGACCGGGCCACCCGGCUCUAUGCCUGCACACCAACUGCAACAGCCAUCCAAUCCUUACGAUCACACACAACGACACCCUCACCAAGGCCCAAUGUGGAAUCUAGGUGUGGGCGUUGGCGUGGGUGGGGAUGUGCACGGUCCUGGACACACUCGACCACAUUCCACUAUGUGGGCGACUUCGGAUGUGUUGCCGUACACCGCUAAGUUCACACCGCAGUCGGGACCUGCGGGAUCGGCGCUCUUGGCUGAUGAUACGGAACACAAUCCCAAGACCAGGGCCACCAGUACUGUGAAUAGUGUUAUUGGCGAUGGAGGGGGCAGUGGAGAGUCACCCACUAAUAUUGGUAGUAAGGUGAACAAUACUGAUGGUGGUGGGGAGAUCAUGAGGAACCGUAGCCACAACAGCAAACACCACACCACCAACAACAAUGCAGACAACCACGGCGACACCAAGGGGAAUGCUGGUGUGUCAGGGUGGAAUUCGAACACCUCUGAAUCUAUUUCUCUUGCACAUACAAGCGGACAACUGCCUUCAUCAGGGAAUGCAGGGGCACACGCCAGCGAAACUGUGGGGGCGGUGGGACGACCGUCUCCUGUUGUUGGGGCUGGAGCCACGGCACCCGGUGCUGGACCAAGAUAUGGGGUCAAUGGUUCGGGUGUAGGGGUUGAUGGGGGUGUAUAUAGACCAAGUGAGGGCCAAAUGGAGAGCCAACGGGCUCCGCCCGGGCUGGGGGCUUCAGGGCCUCGGUUCACGCAGAUCUUCUCGAAUGCCAGUGUGGGCGAGAGUGGUAGAGGCGGCCCAGGCCAGGCAUACAACGCGGGCGAUUCUGGUAGUUUGCAGAUGCCAAUGCAGAUGUCCAUGCAUGCACACACGCACGUGCAAUCUUUGAGUAGCUACGGCGAUGAUUUGCGUAUGAACCAUGGAUCGCUGUUCAGUCCAGCUGUGAAUAUGAAUGUGAUGCCGCAUGCGAAUCCCCUUGCGCAGCCGUUUACUCACACUGGCGGGGCCAUGGGUGCCGGUAGUAUGGCUCUUGGAGGUGUGCAACAAGGGGCCUAUUCACAAGGACACGGGAGUAUGGGUGGCUACCAACCACUAGCACAGCACCACCAACAGCAGCAGCAACGGUAUCAACAGCAGGCGUUCGAUAACGGUGGUGUGGGCACUGAUAGUAAUUUUAAUGCUGUGCCGCCUGGUUUGAAUAAUGAUGGUGGCGGUGUUAGCGUGAUAGGGGAAGGUAGAUCGCCUGUUUUACAGUAAGAGAAAAGGUGAGUGGGUGUCCAUGUCUGGAAUGGGGAAAUGAUCAGAAGCGGAUGUUACACAACUGACUACGGCACGAUGUUUGAGUGCCUUCGAACUGCUUACAAGUACGUUGUUCGUCUUUACGUAUCAUAGCAGCGUAAUUGCCCCGAGAUGCACACCGCCAUUUCGACGGGAGAAAUGGCUUCACAGUCAUUCAUUGUGUGGCGAUACAUGCUACAAUGCCUAUGAACAUCUGUGUGAAAUGCAUAGGAUCCAUCGUCUGUAAGGAUGCAGCUCCGAUAUAUAGCCGCUCAAAGCGGUUUACACACAUUCGAUCGUUGACAUCUGCAUGCGGGUUGUUCUCCGUCAACAGAGACAUCGAGAUUAUACUGACAAUUUCCCCCCAAGCCCAAAUGGCUUUUACGCGCUCAAUCCUGAAAGAAAGUAGUUGGUGCUGAGAGACUGCCGAUGUUGCGUUCUCAAUUUUAAAACCCCUUCGGGCGGGUCCAACACUACUUCACCACCCGACACAACCAUGCCAGUCCAUUUCGCUGGGAACUAACUGUCCAUGAGCUAUGUGUAUUCCGAACUGGGUAGCAAUUCGGACCAUUACGAGUGUAUACAAAGUUAUCUAUACUCCUGACGUCGUGCGAUCUGCAGCAAUGCCUACACACAAUCGGUAUAGGCGCCAGAUGAACUUCGUGUGCUCAAUAAUCCAACUUUGAAAUGUGCCGAAAGGGACGUAUAGCUCGAUGAAGAUGCUAAGUGCCUAUCACAGCAUAGCCAAAUUAGCCGUGUAACAUCCUGGAUAGUACUCUGGAUAGUACUAGUUCCCGUAUCAGUAUUGACUUGCACGAAUGUCAGUAUGCCGACAAAGUGAAGGAUAGGUAAUACUGGGAGCAUAGUAUUGUCAAUUAGUGGGACGGCGAUUUGCAAUUGUGUAAUUGGAUGCCGAAGGAGUUCGCCCUGGUGUUUUCACUCUAGACAUCCAAUAAACACUCAUUAAUACUG